AUGGCCUCGCUGAGCCGAGCCCUGCGUGGCGUGGCGGCCACCUGUCCUCGCCGGAGCCCUGCUCCAGGCCGGGCACUGAGACCCCUGGCGGCCGGGGCUGGCCCCACUUCUGAGAAGAGCGUGCCUUACCAGCGGACCUUGAAAGAGGCACAGGACGCCUCGGCGGCGGCCCGGGGCCCAAGCCAGCCCCUGCCCAGCACAGCCAGCGUGGUGGUCAUCGGCGGGGGCAGCUUGGGCUGCCAGACCCUCUACCACUUGGCCAAGCUGGGCGUGAGUGGGGCCGUGCUGCUGGAGCGGGAGCGGCUGACCUCCGGGACCACCUGGCACACGGCGGGCCUGCUGUGGCAGCUGCGGCCCAGUGACGUGGAGGUGGAGCUCCUGGCGCACACGAGGCGAGUGGUGAGCCGCGACCUGGAGGACGAGACGGGGCUGCACACAGGCUGGAUCCAGAACGGGGGCCUGUUCAUUGCGUCCAGCCGGCAGCGUCUGGAUGAAUACAAGAGGCUCAUGUCGUUGGGCAAGGUCUAUGGCAUCGAGUCCCACGUGCUGAGCCCGGGAGAAACCAAGGCUUUGUAUCCGCUGAUGAACGUGGAGGACCUCUACGGGACUCUGUACGUGCCGCACGACGGUACCAUGGACCCCGCCGGCACCUGCACCAGCCUCGCCCGGGCUGCCACCGCCCGGGGGGCGCAGGUCAUCGAGAACUGCCCGGUGACCGGGAUCCGUGUGCGGACAGAUGAUUUCGGGGUGCGGCGGGUCGCAGCUGUGGAGACAGAGUUCGGCUGCAUCCAGACCCCCUGUGUGGUCAAUUGUGCAGGAGUGUGGGCGGGUGCCGUGGGCCGGAUGGCCGGCGUCAAGGUCCCGCUGGUGGCCAUGCACCAUGCCUACGUCGUCACUGAGCGCAUUGAGGGCAUCCAGAACAUGCCCAACGUCCGUGACCACGACGCCUCCGUCUACCUCCGCCUGCAGGGGGACGCCUUGUCUGUGGGCGGCUACGAGACCAACCCCAUCUUCUGGGAGGAGGUAUCGGACAAGUUUGCCUUCGGCCUCUUCGACCUGGACUGGGAUGUGUUCACCCAGCACAUUGAAGGCGCCAUCAACCGGGUCCCUGUGCUGGAGAAAACCGGGAUUAAGUCCACGGUCUGCGGCCCCGAGUCAUUCACCCCGGACCACAAACCCCUGAUGGGGGAGGCGCCCGAGCUCCGUGGGUUCUUCCUGGGCUGCGGCUUCAACAGUGCAGGGAUGAUGCUGGGCGGUGGCUGUGGGCAGCAGCUGGCCUCCUGGAUCGUCCACGGGCGCCCCGAGAAGGACAUGCACAGCUAUGACAUCAGGCGCUUCCACCACUCGCUCACGGACCACAGCCGGUGGAUCCGCGAGCGCAGCCACGAGGCCUAUGCCAAGAACUACUCCGUCGUCUUCCCCCACGACGAGCCUCUGGCCGGACGCAACAUGCGGACAGACCCCCUGCAUGAGGAGCUCCUCGCACGAGGCUGCGUGUUCCAGGAGCGGCACGGCUGGGAGCGGCCGGGAUGGUUCCAUGCCCAGGGCACAGCUCCGGUGCUGCCCUACGACUACUACGGGGCAUACGGGCAUCGCGCGCGGGAGGACUACGCCUACGGCCGGCUGCUGCGCCAGGAGCACACCUUCAGGUUCCCUCCGCACCACGACGCGAUCAAGAAGGAGUGUCUGGCCUGCAGAGGGGCCGCGGCUAUGUUCAACAUGUCCUACUUCGGGAAGUUCUACCUGGUGGGCCCAGACGCCAGGAAGGCUGCAGACUGGCUCUUCUCGGCCGACGUCAGCCGGCCCCCAGGCUCCACGGUGUACACGUGCAUGCUGAAUCACCGCGGAGGCACGGAGGGCGACCUGACCGUCAGCCGCCUGGCCCCCGGCCCCCAGGCCUCCCCGCUGGCCCCUGCCUUUGAAGGUGACGGCUACUACCUGGCCGUGGGCGGGGCCGCGGCCCAGCAUAGCUGGUCCCACAUCAGCGCCGUGCUGCAGGACCGGAAGUUCCGGUGCCAACUCAUCGACAGCUCCGAGGACCUGGGCCUGCUCAGCGUCCAGGGCCCCGCCAGCCGGGCCAUUCUCCAGGAGGUGAUGGAGGCCGACCUGAGCGACGAGGCCUUCCCCUUCUCCACCCACAAGUUGGUGAGAGCCGCCGGGCACCUGGUCCGGGCCAUGAGGCUGUCCUUCGUGGGGGAGCUGGGCUGGGAGCUGCACGCCCCGGGGCCAUCCUGCCUGCCCGUGUACCAGGCCCUGAUGACCGCGGGGGCCAAGCACGGCCUCGUCAAUGCCGGCUACAGGGCCAUUGACUCCCUGAGCAUCGAGAAAGGCUACCGGCAGUGGCAUGCCGACCUCCGGGCUGACGACAGCCCCCUGGAGGCGGGCUUGGCCUUCACCUGCAAGCUCAAGUCCUCCAUCCCCUUCCUGGGGCGCGAGGCCCUGGAGAAGCAGCAGGCCGAGGGCCUCCGCCGGCGCCUGCUGGGCUUCACCGUGGACCAGAAAGUUCCCAUGUUCGGGCUGGAGGCCAUCUGGAGGAACGGCCAAGUGGUGGGCCACGUCCGGAGGGCCGACUUCGGAUUCACCAUCAAUAAGACCCUGGCCUAUGGCUACAUCCGAGACCCCAGCGGCGGGCCGGUCUCCCUGGACUUCGUGAAGAGUGGGGACUAUGCCCUGGAGAGGAUGGGGGUGACCUACACUGCCCAGGCCCACCUCAAGUCUCCCUUUGACCCUGACAACAAGAGGGUGAAGGGGAUCUACUGA